AUGUCCUGGCAAUUUAAGCUCGCAUCUACCCUGCGGGCAUCACCGAAGACCCGGGUCACUCAGCCGCAAAGAGUAUUCCCGAUCCUACUUUGCCCGGGAAAGUCUGCGGGGUUCUCCGCUUGCUUAGCGUUCCACUUCGAUCAGCAACUAGUCUGUGACUGGCCUGUGACUGGCCGCUCUUGCCGCCCGUUCCUGUCCGUUCCUGCCAAAAUAUUCACCCCCGCAGUCUUCCCCUUAAAACCAUCGCCCGUUGCCAAUUUGAUCUCACUAACACUGCAGGGGUUCAUCCAGCGCCCAAAAUGA